AUGUGCCGAAGAGUGGAGGAUCUGUUAGAGGCUUGUGAUAAGUGGAAUUUGUCGAUCGGUGUAGCCAAGGGUUUUUGGGGCAUGGAUAAAGUGGGAUAUCUGGGACAUCGAGUGUCGAUCGGAGGUUUGGAAGCGAGCCCGAAAGACCUGAAAUCGUUGACCGAUCUGCCGUUCCCCGGAUCUCUGCGAUCUAUGCAGUCGUUCCUGGGCAGUCUAAAUUACUACAGCCGAUUCAUCGAAGACUAUGCGAUCUAUGCUUCGGUACUCUACGAAUUACGCGAAGUUGAGUUUGCGGAACUGGAGAAACGAUCAGAUCUGAGGGAGAUCUUGGACCGGAAUGACCCGAUCGCUCGAGAUCAUGACCCAACGGAACUGAAGUUGGCGGGAUCAACGAGAGGUGGAUUCGCAUCGGGCCUUCACCGCCUUGAAAACCAAGAUCGCGACGACCCCGGUCCUCCGUCAUUUCGACGAGACGAGAACGCCGGUGAUUAUCGUAUAUGCCAGCGAUUGGGCGAUAUCCGCUUCGUUGACGCAAGAACACGACGGGAUCUACCACCCGGUCGCGUUCGCCAGUCGCACCUUGAAGACGAACGAGUUGAAUUACAAUGUGACGGAGAAAGAGGUGUUGGCGUUGCUGAGGAUCUUAGAUCUCUACUACAAUUUGCUAGUGGGACGCAAGAUCCGGGUCCUGACGAGGCAUUCCACGUUAGCCUGGAUGUUCAAGUGAUCGGGGUUGCAGGGCCGCUUGAGGCAAUGGUCUGCCCUCUUGUCCCCAUGGACACUCGAGAUCACGAAGUGUACGAAGGGGCGAAGAUCGACGAUGCUCUGACUGAGAUUGCUCCCCGGAAAGAACCAAAACGCCGGAUCCAGGCGCCCAUACCCACUGUAGAUCGAGAUGAAGAAUUAUGGGUGAUCAGCUUUGACGGAUCCGCUCGAGUCAAGCGCGGUGGGGGCGCGUUCAGCGCGAUUUUGUGGAGUCUACCCGGUUGGGAGGUGGUCAAGGCCAGAUCAGGUUAUCUCGAGAGUCUCACCGUAAACGAAGUCGAGUAUAACGGCUUGAUCUUGGGGCUCGACAUACUGGAGGGUUUAGAUCGCAGACGUCUGGUGAUCUGCGGGGAUUCUAACCUAGUGAUCCGACAAAGGGACUGGAACGGAAGUGCCGACAGUCUGGCAAGCGCCGCUCUGCAGCGACAAAGGGGGAUCGAGGUCCUGGAGACGCCCGAGUACCAGGAUCUGGUUACUGUGAACCGUUUAGACGAGAUCUUGAUCCCCAAGACGGAGAAUCCAGUGGUUCGAGUCGCCGCGGUGACCACGCGGGCUGGUCGGGCAAGAUCCCCGGCGGGUGUCAUGGAUGAGGGUCUGAUCCGCGAAAUCCGAGUUGACCGGAUCAAGCAAGCCCAAGAGGAAAAAGUCUGGGUGGCCGGCAUGAAGAAGUAUCUGAGUGGCUCAAUCGCGGGUCUCACCCAAGCGGAAGCAAGAUCGUAUGGCAAGAUCGCGGCUGACUAUGAGGUGGACGAGCAUCGGACGUCUUACACCACUAUCACGCCACGUUGGAAGGAGGACACCAAGGAGUGGGGCGGACCUACCAGCGGAUCCGAGAUCACUUCCUCCAUUGGAGGGGAUUAUACCGGAGUGUCCAGAGAUUGCGAGACAGGGAAAGGAAAACCAGUGAUCCGGGGUGAAUCACCCGGAAACCUGCAGGCGACGUAUCCGUUCCAGAUUAUCGCGAUGGAUCACAUA